CGCGCCCCGCUCUAGAUGUGCUGAUACCGUGCCGCGCGGGGGCCCAGACAUGGUCAGGGACGGACGGGAACCGGCCAAGCUGUAGCCGCGGACCACAGCGCCCUCGCUGGGGGCCGCCGUCAAGCCCAGCUGCGGCCAUGGAGCGUCGGUGAUCGCCGCAGCCGCGGAGUCACGGCCGCGGCCCCGCCAGGAGAUGAUGGCCCUACAUGCGUUCUGCUCGGUGCUGGAAGUGUUACUAGUAACAAUCUUUGUUGUGGAAGGGAUUGCCGUUGCACAGAAGACACAAGGUGGGCAAAAUAUUGGCAUGAAUCGUAUUCCUCCCACUCAGUGUGACAACUGGGUAAGGACAAGUAAUGGAGGACAUUUUGCUUCACCAAACUACCCUAAUGUGUACCCACCAAAUCAAGAGUGCAUCUAUAUCUUAGAAGCUGCUCCACGACAGAGAAUUGAGUUGACCUUUGAUGAACCUUAUUACAUAGAACCUUCAUUUGAAUGUCGCUUUGAUCAUCUGGAGGUUCGAGAUGGACCCUUCGGUUUCUCCCCUCUCAUUAAUCGUUACUGUGGUCUGAAAAGUCCGACACUAAUUAGAUCAACAGGGAGAUUUAUGUGGAUCAAGUUUACUUCUGAUGAGGAGCUGGAAGGAAAGGGAUUUCAAGCAAAGUACUCAUUUAUACCAGACUGCCAGUUUGAGCUCUCAGGAGCUGAUGGAAUAGUACGUUCUAGUCAAGUAGAACAGGAAGGAAAAACAAAACCGGGACAAGCAGUUGACUGCAUAUGGACAAUUAAAGCUACUCCAAAUGCUAAGAUUUAUAUGCGAUUUCUCGACUAUCAAAUGGAGCAUUCAAAUGAAUGCAAAAGAAACUUUGUUGCUGUGUAUGAUGGAAGUAGUUCUAUUGAAAACCUGAAGGCAAAAUUCUGCAGUACUGUAGCAAAUGAUGUCAUGCUGCAGACUGGGACAGGUGUGGUGCGGAUGUGGGCAGACGAAGGCAGUAGGCUAAGCAGAUUCAGAAUGCUAUUCACUUCAUUUGUGGAUCCUCCCUGCUCAGGCAACACUUACUUCUGCCAUAGCAACAUGUGCAUCAAUAAUUCUUUAGUGUGCAAUGGCAUUCAGAACUGUGCAUACCCUUGGGACGAAAAUCACUGCAGAGAAAAGAAAAGAACUGGAUUGUUUGAACAAAUUACCAGAACUCAUGGAACGAUCAUUGGCAUCACAUCAGGAAUAGUUUUAGUACUUCUCAUCAUUUCAAUUCUAGUACAAGUAAAGCAGCCUCGCAAAAAGGUUAUGGCUUGCAAGACUGCAUUCAAUAAAACUGGCUUCCAGGAAGUAUUUGAUCCUCCACAUUAUGAACUGUUUUCACUACGGGACAAAGACAUUUCAGCAGAUCUGGCAGAUUUAUCAGAGGAACUUGAAAACUACCAGAAAAUGAGACGCCCUUCAACAGCUUCCAGAUGCAUUCACGACCAUCACUGUGGCUCCCAGGCCUCUAAUACAAAACAAAGCAGGACAAACCUCAGCUCCGUGGAGCUUCCCUUCCGCAAUGACUUUGUGCAGCCUCAGCCAAUGAAAACAUUUAACAGCACAUUCAAGAAAAGUAGUUACACUUUCAAACAAGUGCAUGACUGCCCUGAGCAAGUCAUAGAAGACAGGGUGAUGGAGGAGAUUCCAUGUGAAAUUUAUGUUCGAGGAAGAGAAGAUGCAGCACAAGGUUCAUUAUCUAUUGAUUUUUGAUUUCCUAGUGAAGGUGGUGUCAGUGUCUACAAGAUGCUUGUGUACAAUGACAGUAUAUAUUAAAAGUGUAUUAUAUGCAGCGUGUGAGAUACACAUGCUUUUAGCUUAUUAUAUUUCAUUUUAAAUAAGUCUGCAUAAGUAAUUCUUUCUGAGAAAUGGUGGAUUUCCCCCCGUCUUCCCAAGAUACUUAUCUAGUGGAGGAGUAAGACAGACUUUGCAUGGAAAUUAUAAAUAAAGGAUAUUGGAAGAAAAAACCCAGCAGUUACUAAUCACUGAAGACUGAAAAAAAUGAUUACUAUUCUCUUCCUUAUCUAAUUUUCUCUUCUUUAGGCGUCUGCUUUUCAAGACAAUUUUAAUAUCUCAGUUACAUAAAUAAAAGUAAAGUGCACCACAUGUAUGUCAACAUAGGUGUCUUACUGUAUUUGUCAAAUUGAAAGUCGUGUUAAGUGCCAGUUAAGAAUCAAGAAUAGUGUUACAGCCAUGUUUCAUCUUGCCUACUAUUUAUAUUGCCUUUAAUUGUUAGUUCCUCACUCUGCUUUGUGAGAAGUAAGUGGAAAGGAUUACUGCCUUUUAAAAUACUGAGUCACAUGAAUUUUAAUAUAUUUGAACAUAUGUAAUUUUGCAGCUUGUGGUUUAAACGCAAGUUAAGUACUCAUGUUAGUCUAGAUGCAGACUUUCACAACAGUAUUUUUUCAAGAAGGUUUGGGAUUUUAAAAUAUUCUGCCAUGUAUUACAGAUCCAUAUGGCUCACUGAUUUCACAGCUCUGUAGUUAGAAAACAAUUUUGUUCCUGCCUUUUCCAAGUACUGUCAUAAAUAGGCUGUACUGUACAUUUGUUCCUUAAAUAGCUUUUUCCUCCAUAUUGCAGCAAAUCUUCCCUACUGAAAUCAGUGGUAAUACUUUUAGCUCAUGUCCUACUUGCCUGAAGAGAACUGCUCUGAGGUCUGUGUGACUACCAGGUACAUGAAGAUACUGGAGAUAGAGAAAUCACAAAGCAACUCUUAAUUUACCCUUGGAUCAUUUGUUACACCCCUUGAUUCCACUCGCAAAAUUGCACAUUUCAUACCUUUUUUAAUAGUGGUUUGGACCUAAUUUUAGAAUUUUUACAAUAUAAAAAACUUUUAAAAAUAAAAUAAUUCUCAUUGUGUUUUUAAACUUUUUAUACAGUUUGAUACUGUACAGACUAUCUAUUGAAACAAAAUCUAACAGCUGUACAGCAGACUUGUUUCAGUGUCCCUGUUUGCAGCUCAAAGUAACAUGCAGUGCCUGCUGUGUACAUUGCAGUUUGCCAAGAAUACUUAAUAUGGCUUCUACAUUAGCCUACAUUUUAGUCCCUGGCUUGUUUAGGCUUAUUCUGGUAUUUCGUUUUUAGGAAACCUUUCACUGAAGGUGACCAACCAGCGUGUACUGUGCAUAUCCUUUAUUUACAAAUGUAUGUAAAGCCAUAAUGCUUGCUGUGCUAUUGUACAAAAAAAAAAAAAAACAAACAAGAAAAAAAACACAAAACUUUAAUAUAUAACCCUAGUAACUGAAAAAUCUUUUCUUUAAAAUAAAAAAUUAACAACAGCUGUAAUCACAGAUUUCCAUAAGAAUGAUUUUUUAAAUGUAUUUGCAAAUGCUUAGAAUGCAAGAAAUGAAAGGGGGAAAAAAGAAAAAAAAAAGAGGAUUGAGGGAAAUUGCGUACCUCCAACUCUUCCCAAUUUAAAAAUUAACCCAGUCAGAUGUCUAGAAAAAUUUAAUUUGAAGCUCAAAUAUCAGACCCAUAAGGCUGUAUCCUGGUGUCAGGUUUUGUGCUGGUCCCAGAGUGUAUGUUAAUUUGAGAGAAUGAAAAUGGGCAUUAUUUUUAGAUGCACUUCAUGCAGAUGUGUUAAAAAAUCUACCUGAGUUGACAAUUUUUGAGUAUGUAGUUAAAACAUUUCUUGAUAGAUUUAGUUUAAUUCUCAUUGAUUUCAGUAAUAAAUAUUUCACCACAA